AUGGUGCCUGUAGAUGCGGCCGACACUCCCACUACACGAUGGCGAACCAACAUGAUCUGUAUGGAGAUCAAAAACGUACCGGUCGCAUAUGCUUUGAGUCCUAUCAGGCUUCACGUCGCCGCCAGGGACCUCGAUGGCCGGAGGUUGGAAUUCCUCAACGACAAACAGCCAGCACCACGCUUCCUCUAUUUCCAUUUCGUGUCGGCGCUUGUCCAUGUCAAGGACAGCAACAGACGGGGUAGGCAGGAAAUCUGGCAGAACUACUUCCACCAGUUCCCAUUCCCAACACCAGGACUCUACGUGCAAAGAAGCCUGGCCGUUGGCAUGGCCACUUAUUUCGGCGUCGGCUCUGCUGAGUCGAUGAACUAUUGGAUGAAGGGGCAUGGCUUUGACUCGGUUUUGCGGAUUACCCCAGAAGAAAUCAACGAGGUGUCACACCAGGUUCAUAUGAUAAUGGACGCUAUCGUCGAACGAUGCGAGUAG